UCUUUGACCUUCACCAUGGCCACUCCAAAACUGCUCCUCUGCUUCCUUCUCUUCUCUCUUCUCGCAGGGCACAGGGCGGUUCACGGCUCAUCUCACCACCACCACCACCACCACCACCACCACCACCACCACCACCAUCACCACCGCCACUCGUCUCGCAGCCACGAGGAACCCACGUACGCGUUCAAAGCCACCAAGCUGUUCGUGUUCGGAGACUCGUACGCGGACACGGGGAACAACAAGAAGUCGGAGGCGAGCUCGUGGAGGGUGCCUUACGGCGUCACCUUCCCCGGAAAGCCGGCCGGGCGUUUCUCCGACGGCCGCGUCUUCACUGAUUUUCUCGCUAAAUUUUUGGGAGUCAAGUCGCCCAUACCUUACCAAUGGUGGAAGAAGGUGAACUCGACGCAUCUUAAGUAUGGCAUGAAUUUCGCUUAUGGCGGAACGGGGGUGUUCGACACCUUGAGCUCCGACCCAAACAUGACGGUCCAGAUUGACUACUUCCAGCGCCUGAUCGGAGACUCCGUCUACACGGCUGCCGAUGUCCACUCCUCCGUAGCCCUCCUCACAAACUCCGGCAAUGACUACUCCGCUUACACGGCCAGGAAUGGCUCUCUCGAGGACAUGCCGGCCUUCAUGACCGAGGUAGUGAGCCAACUCGCUGUGAACUUGGAGCGAGUGUAUACACUGGGUGUGAGGAAGAUCGCUGUCGCGGCUCUCCAACCCUUGGGGUGCCUUCCUCGGUCCAGCUACGUGACGUCCUUCCAGAAGUGCAACGACACCGUCAACUCGCUGGUCGGCUUCCACAACCAGCUCCUGAAGCAAGCCGUGGACAAGCUGAACAAUGAGACCAGCCCUUCCACUUUCGUCAUCGUCGACCUGUACAGCGCUUUCACUUCAGUCUUCGAGAACACGGAGAAUUCGACAUUUGAGAAUCCAUUGAAGCCGUGCUGUGUCGGGGUGGGCAGCGAGUACAGCUGCGGGAGCGUGGAUGCGGACGGGACGAAGAAGUACACGGUGUGCGAGGAUCCGGCUGGUUUCUUCUUCUGGGACAUGGUUCAUCCCUCGCAGGCCGGUUGGAGGGCUGUGUAUUCGACUCUUGGACCAAAUCUCGAUCAACUUUAAGGAACUUUUGGAGAUCUAGUCUGUUUGCUUUUAUCGUCUAAUUUGUUGUACUUUUUCAUUCAAUUGUUGUUAUUUUUUUUUUUCAUUUU